AUGCAGUGGUACGGGAUCAACAUGCGUCUCGAUCCAUGCUCAGGAAUAUGCAGUGAAUAUGUGUGGGAGCUGGAAAAGUUCAUCUAUGGCGCCCUAUGCUAUGAGAAACCGUCACGAUUCACCUUCGGCAAGAAAAAAGCUACCAAUCAGCCACAGCGAACAGAAGAAGAGGGAAUCGGUGCAGCUGAUCGCUCUGUUGAAAGUGCCAUUGGCAACGGUGAACUUGACAAGGACAGCAUGAAUAGAGCACUUUGUAUCCUCAUCGCUAAAGUAGACAGGUUCUACUCCAAAGUUGGGUCAUGA